AUGCUCCCCAAGCUGUUUCUCGCUCUCGCCUUCAUCGCCACUGGCUUGGCCGCUCCUGCCACGGACAAGGCCUUUGUUCACCCGGGUCUAAGCCACAGCGCGGCCGACCUUGCACGUGUCAAGGCUCACGUCCAAGCAGGGGAUGAACCAUGGAUGACAGGAUGGUACAAGCUUACAAACAACACCAAAUCUCAGCUCGCCUACAAGCCGGCACCCGAGGCUGGGCUUUGCCGCGGCCUCAACGCCGGCUGCAAGGAGAACUAUCCGCACGCUUACACCGACUUUGCUGCCUGCUACCAGCACGCCAUUCGCUGGAAGGUAUCUGGGGACGACCGUUACGCGGAUGGAGCCGUAACUAUCCUCAACGCGUGGUCUUCAACAAUGAAGGAAUUCGCCGGAAUUUCUCCUGAUAGAUUCCUUGCGUCCGGCAUUUACGGCUACCAGUAUGCCGAAUGCGUUGAGCUGCUCCGCGACUAUCAGGGGUUCAAGCCAGAGGACCUAACUGCCGCCAUCGCGCUCCUCACCGACAUAUUCUGGCCGGCCAACAAGGACUUCCUUGAGAACCAUGUCGUCCAGAACCACACCUACUACUGGGCGAACUGGGAUCAGGCGAAUAUGGCCUCGGCUCUUGCCAUUGGUGUCGUUGCCGACAACCGCGAGAUUUACAACUACGCCCUCAACUAUUUCUACGACGGCAUUGGACAGGGGUCGAUCCACCACUGGCUCUGGAAGGUAUACAACAAGGACGGCACAGCCCAAGUCCAAGAGUCGGGACGUGACCAAGGCCACACCAUGCUCGACUUUGCCCUCAUGGGCCAUUACCUGCGAACCGCAUUCAACCAGGGCACCGACCUUUGGGGCUACAAGAACAACCUCAUUCUGAAGGGGGCCGAGUACGCGACCAAGUACAACCUCGGUUACGACGACGUGCAGUUCACACCAUACCUUACGAUUAACCAGCUCGGCCAAGUCGAAUGGAACCAGACGGUCAUUAGCCCGAGCCAGCGUGGGGACAUUCGUCCCAUCUGGGAAAUGUACUACAACGAGUACGUUGUAAAGCGAGGACUCAACGCGCCCUACGUGCAAGCUUACGCCGACCUCACCCGUCGCAAUGGCAGCGGGGCAGAGGGCGGUGGGGGCAACUACUCUCCCAACAGUGGCGGCUACGACCAACUUGGCUUCGGGACGUUGCUUUAUACUCUCGAGGGAAGUGUUGCGAUUCCUGGUGGUUCAGCGUCGUCCACAAAGUGCAACAACGGCCAAGGCAACGGCAGCGGGAACGGCAACUGUGGUAACGGUCAGGUCAAAACGACCUCAGCGAUGCCCUCGGCUACCACAGGUAUCUAG